AGUAGGUAAUCGUCGCUGAGCCGUCUCCGAGUGCGGACACUAGCUUGCUUUGAUCAGCGAAUAUUUCGCGCGUGUUGUCCGAAGAAUAGUGCACUCGUGUGUGGGUGUUGGUAAAGUGGAAUUUUAUCAAGCUAUUGUGAUUAAAAAAGUCCGGAUUAAUCCGGAUGUGGGGAGAUUCACGUGAAUAAGCCAAAAUAAGAAACAACGACGAUCGUCACUUCGCAGUCCUCAGCGUGAGAGUGAGAGCUUAUCGAGCACGAGCGGGCAGAGAGCGAGCUCGCUUACUUCCUCAGUGCUCUAGUGUGGUCAACCGUUCGCGGAGUAGUCGCUGUUCGUCCAGCAGCGAGCCAACCAGGCCGCGCUUAGCAUUCGAUGAAACUGCGAGAACGGCUGCGACAUAAGGCAAAAUCCGUGCUGCGAAGCUUGAAUGCGUGCACCAGAAUGGACGAAGAUCAACAGAACAAACAGUCCACGACUAGCUUCGUAGACAAGCGCAAACCUCAUAGCCUGGUCAAGACGGUCCUGAACGUGGGUCACAAGUUCCUGGUGCUGUUGGUGCGAUGGUUCCUGAGGACAAUCUACGGAGAACACGGGCAGAAGAUGCCCCCGAUCCGGAACCUGAUACUGAUGGAGUCGGCUUCGUCGCUGGCGUUGAAGAUCCGGACGCGAAAGCUCACCAGCGUCGAAGUGACGGAGGCCUUCAUCGAGCGCUGCAAGGAGAUCAACCCGCAACUGAACUGUGUCGUUGACCAGUGCUACGAAGCGGCACUGAAAGAUGCCGCCAUGGCAGACAAGCUGAUUGCCUCCAAAACGCUCACCGAAGAGCAAUUGGCCGCGGAGAAACCCUUCCUGGGCGUGCCGAUCUCCACCAAAGACUGCAUCCGGGUGAAGGAUUUGUUACACACGGCCGGCAUCUGGAAGCGACGCAACAUUCGAGGAGAGAAGGACGCCCGCGCCAUGGAGCUGAUGAGGAAAGCCGGUGCCAUACCGUUUGCGCUGACGAAUGUUUCCGAGUGUUGCAUGUGGUGGGAAAGUACCAACACCAUCCAUGGUCGCACAUGCAAUCCGUACGACAAUAAUCGCAUCGUCGGUGGAUCGAGCGGUGGUGAGGGUGCCAUCCAGGCUGCGGCCGGUUCCCCCUUCGGACUUGGGUCGGACAUCGGAGGUUCCAUCCGGAUGCCGGCGUUCUUCAACGGAAUCUUCGGACACAAACCGUCCCGGAAUGUGGUCUCAAACGACGGACAGUACCCUCAGGCGAUCAGCGACGAACAGGAGAUGUUCCUUGGAAUUGGACCGAUGUGUCGCUACGCGACGGAUCUCAAACCUAUGCUGCGGAUAAUCGCGGAUCAGAACGCAGCGAAGCUAAGACUGGACGAACCCGUUGACCUGAAGCAGGUUCGAUUCUUCUACCAACAGAACGACGGAGGCGGUUUGCUAGUGUCCCCGGUCGACCUGGAUAUCCGCGACGCCAUGGAGAAGGUGAUGGCUCACUUCCGCAGCACCGUUAAGGCCGAAGUUCGGAAGGUGUACCUGGACAAGCUGCGCAAGUCGGCUCCCAUCUGGUUCGGUAACAUGAAGCACAAGGAGAACAUUUCGUUCGACGCGCAACUGGACAAUCUGGAAGACAAGAUCAAUCCGUACGUGGAGGCUCUGAAGUGGAUGAUCGGGCAGUCGAAUCAUACCUUUGUGGGUAUCAUGACUGCGAUCACCGAACGGAAGGGAAUCCAGUACGGAACAGAUAAGUACCAUUACAUGGUCAAACAGCGGGAUGAACUCCUGCAGGAGAUGAAAACCAUGCUCGGGGACAACGGAGUGUUCAUCUACCCGACCCAUCCGACGGUGGCGCCUUACCACAACGAACCGAUCGUGAGGGCGUUGAACUUCAGCUAUACCGGAAUCAUCAACGUGUUGGGAUUCCCGGCGACGGCAGUACCUCUGGGGUUGGGUCGGGAGGGUUUGCCAAUCGGGCUGCAGGUCGUGGCCAACGUGAACCAGGACAGGCUAUGCUUGGCCGUAGCGUGCGAGCUGGAACGUGCCUUCGGUGGAUGGGUUGCACCGGAGGUUUUGGCCUAGCCGGCGAACGGGGGGACACGAGGGAUAAUGAUACGAUGGGACCAGUGAUCAACGAGACGUUACUGCAGGAAACUAAUGUGAACUUACUAUUUUGUGUUUGCUGACACGUACAUACAAACGAGCUUCAGAGGUAUUUGUAUGCGUUUGCGAAUGCAGUCGAGCAUUUCGGCACCGGCCUUUUACUGUUUAGUGUAUUGAUAUAUUUUUUUAUGGAGAAAAUAUACAUGGUAUAAAAUGGUUAA